AUGAAGGAUGUUGGUCUUUGGAAAAUUUCCAAAGUUGUAUUGAAUCACUCAUAUUCUUAUUGUCCAGAGCAGGCUGAGAUGCUCAAACAACACAGGGAGCUUAGCAUGUUCGUGCGUCGCACCAUUGAAACCCACGAGGAAGCCAGAAUCAGACUGAACAAAACUUACCAAUCAUUUGUGGCAGCAGCUAGCAACCACCGUGAAAUAUGUUUUAUAGAAAAAGAUGUAAGGAAUUACAUCACAAGGAAAGUACAGAAUAUUUUCAAAGAAGACAAUGCUAAAGAAUUUAGGAAGCACCUAGUUAGAAUGAAAGAGAAGAUCCAAAAUUUCUUCUUUGAGCUCAACCUUGAAGGUGAUCACUGCAUUAAACAUGCAUUCUGGGCUGAUGCAAGAAGCAGGACUGCAUUUGAUUAUUUCGGAGACAUGGUUUCAUUUGACACCACCUAUAACACAAAUAGGUACAAUUUGGUUUUAGGUUCUUUUGUUGGCGUGAAUCACCACAGCCAGUCGACACUUCUUGGAUGCGUGAUGAUGAAAAAUGAGGACAUUCAAUCAUUCAAAUGGCUAUUUGAGUGUUAG